AUGGAUAGAGAACCACUCAUGGGACGGGAGUGGAUUCGUCAGUUAGGCGUACAAUUGACCGACACAGUAUUUACGUUAAAUUCAAAUACAGGAACGGAAUUACAUAAAAUUCUGCGCGAUUACAAAAACGAAUUGGAUCCUUCAAGCACAAAAAUCAAAGGAAUACAAGCGCGACUUAUCCUAAAAGAGAACGCGAAACCAAUUUUUCUUAAAGCAAGGAAAGUACCAUUCAAAAUAAUACCUUUAGUAGAUCGGGAGAUCGAUAGACUCGUUAAAGAAGGAGUUUUACAAGAAACGAGCGCGGCAGAAUGGGCGACGCCGGUCGUGCCAGUCUUAAAGAAAGACAAUUCGGUGAGGCUCUGCGGCGAUUUUAGCGUGACGGUAAACAAACAAUUACUAGUAAAUGAAUAUCCGUUACCUACAGUAGACGAACUUUUUAGUACUCUAUCGGGAGGCCAAAAAUUUUCAAAGAUAGAUUUGAAGCAGGCCUAUUUACAAAUGGAAAUUCAUCCCGCGGAUAGAGAGUUAUUAACCCUAAACACACACCGGGGAUUAUACAAAUGUACGCGUUUAUUAUACGGGAUCGCUUCGGCGCCGGCAAUCUGGCAGAAAGAAAUCGAAACUGUACUGAAGGGCAUUCCGGGCGUCUCUGUUUUCUUAGAUGAUAUCAAAAUUACAGGUCCGAACGACCAAGUGCAUCUGGAACGACUUAAGGAAGUACUUACACGUUUAGCGAAAUUAAAUAUACAAAUUAAUAAGGAGAAAAGCGAAUUUUUGAAAGAAGGGAUACAUUAUUGCGGUUAUUACAUUGAUAAAAACGGAAUUCAUAAAGAAAAAAGGAAAAUGGAAGCCAUUGAGAAAAUGCCUCGGCCGAAAAAUAUAACGGAAUUGCGUGCGUUUUUAGGAUUAAUUAAUUAUUACGGACGGUUCAUUCAAAACUUAAGUGGAAUACUUACGCCAUUACAUACGUUGUUACAAAAAGAGGGCGGCAAAGCUGUGAGUUUCAGAUGGACACAGGAGUGCGAAGCAGCUUUCUUAGCGGCGAAAAGAGAAUUUACGAGUAAUAAAGUUUUGGCGCAUUACAAUCCCAAACACCCAUUAAUCGUAGCAUGUGAUGCAAGCAUGUACGGAGUAGGAGCGGUCCUUUCGCAAAAGCACCCAGAUGGAUCAGAGCGGGUAAUCCAGUAUGCUUCGCAAUCGUUGUCUCGAACACAGCAGAAGUAUGCACAGAUCGAUAAAGAAGCGUAUGCAAUUAUUUUCGCGAUAAAAAAAUUCUAUCAGUAUUUAUACGGAAAUCGUUUUACACUUUACACAGACCACCGUCCACUUACACAAAUAUUAGCACCAAACAAAUCAUUGCCGGUACAUAGCGCGAUGCGCAUGCAACAUUACAAAAUUUUCUUACAAGCGUUCAAUUACAACAUCAAGUAUAAAAAUACGAAAUUACAUAGUAAUGCAGAUGGAUUGUCGCGGUUACCAAUUCAGUCAGAGGACGAUUUCGAAUACGACGUAGUAGAUGAAUACGAAAUUAAAUUAAUAGAAUCUUUUCCAGUCACAUUUACAGAAUUAGCAGCGGAAACGGAAAAAGAUACAGAAUUACAAAAGUUAUCGCGGGCGUUACAAUCAGGCAAAGAACUGAAGCCGAAAGAAAGAUUCAAUGUUCCACUUGCUGAAUUUAGUUGCCAACGUGGCGCGAUUUUACGAGACGGUAGAGUUUUGGUGCCGCGGAAAUUACGAAAGAAAAUUUUGCAAGAGUUGCAUGAGGAACACUUCGGCAUUAUAAAAAUGAAGGCAAUGGCUAGAAGAUAUUGUUGGUGGCCGGGUAUCGACAAUGAUUUAGAGAAUGUAGCUAGAAACUGCGAAAAUUGUAAUUUAAUUCGAAACGAUCCGCCGAAAACACAAACACUUACGUGGAAGCCAGCAGAGCGAGCGUUCCAAAGAGUACAUAUUGAUUACGCAGGCCCCUUUAUGGGACAUUACUUUUUUGUGUUAGUAGACGCGUUUUCAAAGUGGCCAGAGGUGCUCAUUACGAAAAAUAUUACAAGUAAUACAACGAUCAAAUGCUGUAGACAAAUUUUUUCAACGUUUGGCAUACCGGAGGUGGUAGUGUCAGACAAUGGUCGAUAUUUUGUAUCUAGCGAGUUCAAAAACUUUCUUAAAUGUAAUGGAGUAAUACACAAAACUACAGCACCAUUUCAUCCAGCGACAAAUGGGCAAGCGGAGAGAUUCGUCCAAACCUUCAAGCAGAUGUUAAGAAAAAAUUCAAUAGUCUUUCGGCAAGUACAGAAGAUUUACAGAUAG